AUGGGGAUUAUGUAUGAAAAGAGGCCGCUGAAGAGGCCACGCCUUGGGCCUCCCGAUGUAUACCCUCAGGAGCCCCGCCAAAAAGAGGAUGAGCUAACAUCAACGAAUGUAAAACAUGGCUUUUCCACAACACCACAGUCUAGCGAUGAGUUUGGUACUGCUAGGAAUUUUAAUUAUUCAGCAUCGAAGAUAGGGCAAUUCUUUUCAAGUAUACUUUCUAAAAAAGAAGAAUUAAACACACUGCCUGAUUGUGGAAGGAAAAGGCAGCAGGUUAACCCUAAGGACAAUUUCUGGCCUGCCACUGCUCGCACCAAGCCCCAAAUUGAAGCCUGGUUCAAGGAUUUAGCAGGAAGCAAACCGCUAUCUCAAUUGGCAAAGAAAGCACCAAACUUCAAUAAGAAGGAAGAGAUCUUUAUAACCCUGACAGAGUACCAGGUGUCUAUGCCCAGAGCUGCCUGGUUCAUCAAGCUUAGUUCCGCAUACACCGUGGCUGUUUCAGAAGCUAAGAUCAAGAAGAGACAGUUACCUGAUCCUACCACUGAGUGGACCACAACAUUGAUCAAGUUCCUCAAGGAUCAGAUACCGAAACUAGCUGAACACUACCAAAAUGCAAUCCCCGGCAAUGUGUCGGAUAAAACACCACCUUCACAAUCUGGCCAAGGUACUCCCAGCCACAACUCGUCUGGCAAUCCACCAGGCAGCUCUACGCCCAACUCCACAGCUUCCAACUCUAUGCACUCUCCUGGAAAUUCCAGUACUCUCGGUUCAGGGACGCCUGGUCCAAGUGAGAGUACGGACUGGCGACAGGCAUUGAAGCUGUGGAACUACUGCUGCCGCCUCGCCAAGUACUUGUUGGAUGAGGGGCUACUGGACAGGCACGACUUCCUCACCUGGAUCAUUGAGCUGCUGGACAAGAGAGCACCUGAUGAUGGAUUGUUGAGAUUAUUCCUACCUCUUGCGUUACAACACAUGAGCGAGUUUGUGUGCUGUGAGAGUCUCUCCCGGCGGCUCGCGACCUCCUGCGCUAAGAAGGCAGCGGCCAUUUGCUCCGUACUCUCUGAUACUACACUGAGAACUCUUAACCAACCAGCUGUGUUCACUAAAACUGUUGAUAAGAAUGCAGAAACAAAUGGGGCGCCAAUGUCGCCAGCGACGGAAACGACAGCAGAUGUCAAGCCAAACAUAUCGCAAAUCAAAAGGGAACCGACUCCCGUGGAAAACCAGGGCACGCCAAAUCCUAAUCACUCUUUGGGCACUCCUAAUCCCAGCCAUUCCUUAGGCACUCCCAACCCGAAUCAUUCCCUGGGUACGCCAAACCCUCCUCAACCGAUGGACGUACAAGUUAAAGAGGAAAGGGCCUCUCCUGCUAGGGAGACGAAGCCCGCUUUAGCUGCUGUAGUUACCGCUGCCAUGAAUCCGGUUCAAGCUGGUUUCGGAGAGAUACUCAACUGUUGUUACCACAGAGAUGUUAUUAUACAACUCGCUACUAUUCUGCAGGUGAUCUGCAUAGAGUGCCCAACGGCCAUGGUAUGGUCGGGAUGUGGUUCCUCCCUACAAGGGUCGCCACUAGACCUGUUACCCAUACCACCAUCAGCGUUACCCAUGCCUCACAUGGACACUGACGUUACCGAGGAACAUAGAAAAUUAGUCUAUGAGGCAGAACAAGAAAUCUCAGCCAGAAGCAAGAAGGCUGAAAGUAAAUGGUGCACAGAUAAGUGGCAGACUAGCUCACAAGCUAGAGUUUUGGCGGUAUUAGAAGCGUUAGACAGGCACUGCUUCGACAGAGUAGAUCCUAAUAAUAAUUUGGACACACUAUAUAAGGAAGUGUUUGCAAAUUGUCCUCCACCCUCAAAGGAUAAUAGUGACACGAAGGAUCCAGAAUGGGCGUGUCCGUAUUCAGUGGUGCGUGUGAUAUGUGAAUGGGCGGUGUGUGGAGCGCGUUGGGGAGAACAUCGCGCUCAAGCCGCCGCCGCAUUAUUGGACCGGAGACAGCAUCAUACUCUCCAUCAUCACCACGAUCACCACGCGACGGGAUCUGAUGAUAAAGAAUCAGUGAGCUCUGGCACUGGCAUGUACAACGGCCCUCCUAUAUUCCAGAACUUGCUACUUCGCUUCUUAGAUAAUGAUGCUCCAGUACUAGACGAGAGCCCCAAUGCCCCACCAGGCAAUAGGCAGCAGUUUGCCAAUUUAGUACAUUUGUUUGGCGAGCUAAUACGUCGUGAUGUGUUCUCCCAUGAUGCAUACAUGUGCACGCUAAUCUCUCGAGGUGAUUUAAUAUCUCCGACGGAGCCGACCUCGACUGGUGGCAGUAAUCACACAGUGGCGCCCCCUUCCAACAGUACCAGUACUCACAAUAUGGAUGAUGAUAUCUUUGCUGGUAUUGAUCUGAAGCCGAAAAUGGAGGAAAACGUCCGAAUGGAUCUGGACGACUCGAAGAUAGAUGAUGACCUGGACAAGCUACUCCAGCAUAUCAAGGAAGACCAGCAGAACUCAAUGGACGCACCCGACAGUCCCAAGGACCCCGGAGAACCUUCACACAGUACGUGUUACAGCGUGAACUCUCCAAUGAUGGGGCCGGGCGGCAUGAGUAUACCCGGCAUUCCUUCCAUGAGCAUGGGGCCCAUGUCGGUACCAGGUAUCCGCACGUCGAGCGCGGCGGGGUCGAGCGGGUGCGCGGGCGGCGCGGCCGUGUCGCGGCACUACCACUACACGCUGCACUUCCCGCUGCCGCCGGCCGAGCCCGACCACACGCCGCACGACGCCAACCAGCGACACAUACUGCUGUAUGGGGUCGGGAGAGCCAGGGAUGAAGCUAAACAUGCUGUUAAGAAGAUGACCAAAGAAAUAUGUAAAUUAUUCUCCAAGAAGUUUUCAAUCGACGUAGCAGAAGGCGGUAAAAUAAAGAAACAUUCGCGUAAUGAAUUCAACUUCGAAGCAGUUACGCAAAAAUUCCAGGCAAUGUCAAUGUACGAGCAGGGCGCAGUAUCGUGGGCAGUAGGUAGCGCGGUGUGCGAGGCUCUCGCGGCGUACGCGGCCGGCGCCACUACGUACUUACCGCAACCUGAACACGUUGCCUUCGCACUCGAUCUCAUGGAGAUCGCACUCAACGUGCAUGGACUCAUUGAGACUUGUAUACAGAUCCUGAAAGAGCUAUCAGAGGUGGAGAGCGCCCUAAUAUCUCGCGGCGCGCCCAGUAGUGGUCUAGCAGCGCCGCGCGCCUAUACCUCCGCGCUAGCUCUAUACACCGUCGGCGCGCUUAGAAAGUACCACUCGUCAUUGCUAUUAUGCGUGGAACAAACAUCAGCGGUAUUCGAGCAGCUAUGUCGGCUGGUGAAGUGCGUGGUGAACCCCGGGGACUGCGGGUCUGCAGAGCGCUGUGUCCUGGCGCAGCUACACGACUUGUAUAAGGCCGCAGCACAUCUCUGCCACGCGCCGCAUGCCGAUACCUUCGCUAAUGCAUACCCUAAAAUCAAACAAGCCCUCUAUUCUCCGCUGCAACCGACACCAUCAAACUACAUGUAUAAUCCUCAGUUUUUGAGCGAAUUCUUUACAAACCCAAGGAAAGGUAAAAUAGAGAUUGCUUGGGCGCGUCAAGUAGCCGAGUCUCCCGCGAAUAGGUACAGCUUUGUAUGCUCUGCCAUGCUCGCUGUUUGCAGAGAAGUGGAUAAUGAUCGCGUGAACGAGCUGGGCGUGGUGUGCGCGGAGAUGACGGCGUGGUGCGCGGCGCUGGCGGCGGAGUGGCUGGGCGCGCUGGUGGCGCUGUGCGGCGCGCAGCACUACCCGGGCGCCGCGCCGCCGCCGCUCUACCCCGACCUGCUGCUGCACCGCGACCUGCACGACGCCGCCGCGCACGACGCGCUCGCUGUCUUCACCUGUAUUCUUGUCGCGCGACACUGUUUUUCAUUAGAAGACUUCGUCCGUCACGUGGCGCUACCGUCGCUGCUGAAGGCAUGCGGCAGUGGUGGGAAUACUGUGAACGCACCGAACGCUCCCUCGCCUGACACCGGCGCUAGAUUGACUUGCCAUCUACUACUUAGGCUGUUCAAAACUGUUGAUACUCCGCAACCAGGUCUGUACUCAGUAUCAACGUCUCCGGGUCCGGGCGGCGCGGCGGCGGGCGUCCGUCUGUCGUGCGACCGUCACCUGCUGGCCGCCGCGCACAAGAACAUCGGCGUCGGACCCGUACUAGCCACGCUCAAAGCUAUACUCAUGGUCGGUGAUGUAACCGCUCGAGACGGUGGCACGGCAGGCGGGAAGAAAUCGUGUGAACUGUCACACAUACUAGGCACUAGCGACACGGUACCCACAGACGCACAACUAGACCUUAUGUCGAUGGUAGAUUCAGAGAUGAGUGGGGGCCAUAGAACUCCUAGGGGUAGCGGUGGCGUGGGUUCCACUCUCCUGGACUCCUCGCAGUCACUCUCGUCGCUAGCACGAAGGGUUCUGGCUGAGAUAUGCUCUGAAGAAUGGGUACUACAGAAAUGCCUUCAAAACCCUGAUGAAUUAUACCAGCCAGAUAUGUUGUUGGAUCCUAUGUUGACUUCAAGACAGGCACAAAGAUUGCUCCACAUGAUCUGCUACCCUGAGUCAGCGAGCCACACUCAUCCGGACCUCGAUCAGAAGACUAUGAUUACGAGGCUUUUAGAGAAUCUGGAACAAUGGUCGCUACGUAUGUCAUGGCUGGACUUGCAACUGAUGUUCAAGCAGUUCCCGGCCACGUCGCCUGAGCUGAGCGCGUGGUUGGACACCGUGGCGCGCGCCGUCAUCAACGUCUUCCAACAACCCGCGCCGCCACCGCCUGAUAAAGAUAGGACGGGCACGGACCGCGGCGUCGUGAGUACGAGCAAGUGGUCGGAGUCCGUGUGGCUGGUGGCGCCGCUCGUGGCCAAGCUACCCGCCGCUGUACAGGGGCGCGUGCUCAAACAGGCAGGACAGAUUCUGGAGAGUGGUUGGGGAGCGGGAUGUAGCGGAAACUGUUCUAGCGGUGGCGGUGGUGGAGGCAGCUCUCACAGAGACUGCAAGAGCCACCAGAGUCCCAGCUAUAAAGGGUCCGCAGGCGGCGGCAGUGGCGGCAAGCGCGGCGUGUCGGGCGGAGCGUGCGGCGGGGGCUGCGGCUGCGGCGCCGCCACCGCCGUCCGACUGGCCAACGAGCCGCUACUGUCGCUCGUACUCACCUGUCUCAGGCACCAGGACGAUCAGAAGGAGAGCCUCCUAAGCUCAAUCCACGCUCAGCUCCAACACUACGUGACGCACGCAUGCGCGGACAGUUGGCAGGACGACGCGGCCCCGGACGCUUUAUUGCUGCGAUUCUCCCUCGCUGGAGGAAUGUUCGACGCCAUCCGACGAUCACACCAACUGACUGCAGACUGGGCCGUAUUACUCACACAACUGGUCGCCCACCAACUCAUCGAUGCGUAUAAUAACAGUUUGUGUCGCAGCAACCUGUUCUCCACUCUAAUCGACAUGCUUGCCACUCUGAUACACUCCACCCUGGCCGACGGAGGGGACGACAACAAUCGGAAACAUUACCAGAAUCUCAUGAAGAAAUUGAAGAAGGAAAUUGGUGAUCGCCACGGUCCGUCCGUGCAGUGCGUGAGACAACUACUACCUCUCUCCAAGAAUACUAUCAUUGAAGUCAUCGCGUGCGAACCCAUCGGAUGUCUCGUCGACCAGAAAGGGAACAAGAUCACUGGAUUCGAUAGUGAUAAGAAACAGGGUCUCCGUCUGACAGACAAGCAGCGCGUGUCGAGCUGGGAGCUGGUGGAAGGGGGACGGAACCCCGCGCCGCUGUCCUGGGCCUGGUUCGCCGCCACCAAGAUCGAGAGGAAGCCCCUCACUUAUGAAAAUGCUCACAGACUCUUGAAGUAUCACACUCACAGCCUGGUGAAGCCGCUGAGUUACUAUCUAGAGCCCUUGCCGCUGCCGCCUGAAGAUCUUGAAACAAAUGAUAGCAAACAGGAUAAUGGUAGUCUAGAUUCGAGUCCAACUGGCGCCGGAAAGGCGAGGUCACGCAACGCUCCGUGCAAGAAUAUCAAGAAAUCCAAACCUACUACGCCGACCAACGGUGUCCCAGCGCCGGGCGCGGCGGGCGGCGGCGUGGCCCCUGCGCCGGCGCAACAGCCACAGUUCAUGCAACAACAACAACAGUGGUUCCCGCCGCCCGGCCCGGGACAGAACUAUUACAACCCACCUGCUGGCGUGAGUCCCCGCAGCGUGUCCGCGGCGCCGCCGUCCAACAACCAAUCCAAGCAGGCACUCAGUAACAUGCUACGACAACGAGUGCCAUUUAACCAGAUGACGCAGAUGCAGCAAAGCGGUGGCUACCCAGGCGCUCCCCACGCGCGCGCUCCGUUCCCGCGACAGACCAUGCGACAGUUGCAACCCAACCAGAUGGGAGCCAUGCAGUCCGCUCAAAUGAAUCCAAUGGGUGGAAUGGGCGGUAUGGGUCCAAUGGGGCAAAUGGGUGGAGUACAAAUGCCGGGUCAGAUGGGCGGUGGGCAGAUGGCAGCCGGACAAAUGAGCGCGGGACAGAUGGGCGCCGGACAGAUGGCGGGCGGGCAGAUGGGAGGCAUGGGAGGACAAAUGUUUGGUGGACAGUACGGAGGCAUGCAACAGGGUUAUGGAGGGUAUGGACAGCAGAUGAUGCAGGGUGGACAACAGCAAAUGAUGAAUCAGGGUAUGGGCCAAAGUGUGAAUCAGAUGGGCCAACAAGUCAACCCUAUGAGUCAAGGAGUCAACUCCAUUGGUCAGAACGUAGGUCAAAUGAACCAGGGCGUCGGUCAGCCAACACAGAUGCCUCAGUCUAUGAGCCAGAUGAGUCAAAGUAUGGGACAAAUGGGCCAGCCUAUGGGACAGAUGGGACAAAUGGGACAGGGUGGCGGUAUGUCCGCUAUGAACAGCCAAGGCGGGUCUAUGGGACCGCAAGGUGGCAACUCCAUGGGUGGGUUCCCUGGACAACAAACAUUCCAACAGAACAUGAUGGGCGGCCGCACAAGUCAAGAAGCAUACCUGGCGCAGCAGAGACAGAGUGCUCGACCGCCUUACAUGCAGCAAGCGCCAAACGUAACAAUGGGCGGUAUGGGCGGCCCCGCCCCGCCAUAUCCACGCGGCAUGCAGAGCCAACAGAACACACAGUACCAACAAAUGAACCAACAACGCAUGCGCCAACAGAUGCUCGCCAUGCAACAACAACAACAACAACAAGGGCCUCUCGUCCAACAUCUGCAGCGACAACAGUACCAGCCCCCCUACUAG